AUGACGGAGUCAACGUCAGAGGAUGCUGCGGCUCAGCGCGCCGCUGAACAAAUACGUCUGCGCAAGGCGAAGCGCGAGGCCAAAAUUCGUGCUGGCGGUACCGCGAGACUGAACAAGAUUACUGGUCUUGGUGGAGGAUUUCAGCGAGAUGAGCCCGUAUCGACGCCUCCCUCAGCAUCAUCGUCCCCAGCUCCGGCCACAUCAGGUCUGCCGAAGCCCAGCGUGAGCGCCGACCAUGCAGACCCCGAGGAAAUCGACAUCUCCCAGCACUACUACGAACCGGCCUCGACACCCCGUCCCGCUGCCGCUGGACCGCCCUUCGACCCGAACUCCAUGAACGAGGACCAGCUUCGACAAAUGAUGCUGGGCUUCGAGGGCCCUGGCGCGGGCGGAGCCCCGCAGAACCCUUUUGCGGGUCCCGGUAUGGGAGGAGGCAUGCCCGGCGGCGAAGACGAUCCCUUGAUGAAGAUGCUCUCGCAGAUGAUGGCCGGUGGCGGCGCUCCCGGCGGAAUGCCAGGCUUUCCCGGCGCCGGCGGUGCGCAGGGUGGUUUCCCGGCAGGAUUCCCUGGUAUGCCAGGCAUGCCUGGACUGCAAACGCCCGAACAAGCCAAAGCCGCUUCGUCCGCCUACAUCUGGCGCAUUGUCCACGCCGUGUUUGCGAUCUCUCUUGGUCUCUACAUCGCCCUUACAACGACCUUCUCCGGAAGCAAGCUUGAACGCGAGCGCACGGCACUAUCUUACAAUUACCCUACGGGUAGCGAUGAGGCAGUUACGGACGUCAACAGCAUGGAGAAAGGCCGCGAGAUCUUCUUCUGGAUUUUUGCGACGACUGAGGCUGUGUUGCUUACGACGAGGUUCUUCAUUGAGCGUGGACGGGCGCCUCCGCCGGGCAUGUUGUGGACUGUUGUGGGAUUCUUGCCUGGUUCGAUCAAGACUUACGCCGAGACUGCGUUGCGGUAUGGACAGAUCUUCUUGACGGUGAGGAGCGAUAUCCUCGUAUGUGUGUUUGUCUUGGGUCUUGCUUCGUUGAUUCGCGGAUGA